AUGAUUGUUAAGGAAUAUCGUGUAAUUUUACCUAUGACAGUUGAAGAAUAUCAAGUUGGUCAACUGUAUUCCGUUGCUGAAGCUUCCAAAGGAGAGACAGGUGGUGGUGAUGGCGUGCAAAUAUUGGUCAACGAGCCGUUCGAUCAAACAACGUAUAAGCCUGAUCGCCCUUUAUUGAAAGGAGACCCAAGGUUCAGCACUGGGCAGUACACCCAUAAAUACUACCAUCUUGCGCACAAGGUACCAGGGUUUGUUCGUGUUAUCGCCCCUGAAAGUGCAUUCGUUUUCAACGAAUAUGCGUGGAAUGCUUAUCCCUACUGUCGAACUGUUAUCACAAAUAAUUACAUGAUGGAAAAGUUUAGUGUAACAAUUGAAUCUCUUCACGUGGACUCCUUAGUAAAUAUAGAAAAUGCUCAUCAGUUAAGUCCGGAAAAAUGGGCGGAAGUUGAAGUGAUCUACAUAGAUAUUGGUGAUAUUUCUCAGGCAGACAAAGAUUAUAACCCUAAUGAAGAUCCUACAACUUUUCGCUCUGAAAAAACUGGUCGUGGGCCCUUAAAGCCAAAAUGGUGGGAGAAUGGUUACAAAGGACCGAUUAUGUGUGCAUACAAACUUGUUUCAUGUGAAUUCAAAAUGUGGGGAAUGCAAGGACGUAUAGAGAAAAUGAUUCAACGGCAAGAACGACGUCUGUUUGCUAACUUUCAUCGCCAAGUAUUCUGUUGGAUGGAUAAAUGGCACGGUUGGACAAUGGAAGAUGUGAGAAUACAUGAAGAGCAAACUAAAAAGGAAUUGGAAGAAGUACGUUUUUAAUUAUCCUUUACAGUCCUUAUAAUUUGGAACAUGUUGAUUUGUUUGAUGCCAUCUGAGGUAAUGCUGUGUUCUGAAAGUCUUAAGAUACAUCAGUCUCACUCGUCUUAAAAUACCCCCCUAUUUUUGCCUAUCUAGUUCCCCUGUCUCCAUUUCAGUCAAUUAAAAUAUCACUAGGAUUCUUCAAAAUUCAGUCUGUUUACCUGAUUUGUCAUCACUUAGUAUUUUGUUGUCUACACAUCCUUCUGGUGCGGCCCCCUCAAUAUUGAUUUGUAUUUUGAGAAUAAAAAGAAAUAAUAAAAGGGUACUAAUUGAAUCGCAGGCGAAAAACUCAUGGGUUGUUAUUACUAAGUGUAGGCACGUUGUGGUUAAUACCGAAGUUAUCUUCACAGAAUCUGCGUUAGAUGAUUCCGGCUAGUCAUUUGGAUUCCUGUAUCUAGGUCUUAUUCCAGUUUGCAUUCACGGUUAAGACAUAUUUGCAAUGUUGAGGAAACUGAUGCUGUCUUUUGGAUGUGAUCCUGUGUGACAUAGCUUCACAGUUUAAAACAUUACAGGUAAGGUGUGAUGAGCCUCCUGUGUGACUGAAGUACUUACGAAUGGUUGAUCAAUGAAUAAUGGUCAAUGUCAUGCUUCUGUGAUUGUUCACCGUUGAUCGAAUUCUAUCUGUCAAGUUUUAAUGUGGUUGCUAGUCUAAGUGACUUGACAUCUCAGUUAAUUGUUAUUGCAUUUGUCACAGUUCUAGAUUUUCGAUUGAUACACAGUAAUUGUAACUCAUCAAUGUGUAAAUCCUUAAGAUGUUGAUUUUAUUUGAUUUCAUCGCAAGUCGAAAUCUGGACCUUGUUGUGGUUCAUACCUGAAAAAAUUUAUGAAUAUCAUUAUAAUUGUUUUGUUUAUUUUUUUCAUCCUUUUUUCACUUCAAGCAACGUGUACAAG